AUGAAUGUCUCAUCAAUGGGACACUCUCAUAUAUUAUCAAUUAUAUUAAUUUUAUUGAUUUUUACCUGCAAUCGUUGUACACCUAUUAAAUGGCUAUCACUUCAUACUAUCACAAAUACAUGGACAGAACCAAGACAUUGUCCAAAAAAUCAAAAUUUACGUAAAAAUUAUGGAUUGGUCGCAUAUCAAGCUCGUAUGUGUCGUCGUAUAUCCGAUCUGAUGCCUGUCAUCAUUCGAGCAUCUCAAACGACUGUUUCCAUAUGUCAAAAAGUAUUUGCUGAUCGUCGAUGGAAUUGCUCAUCGAUACUUCGAGCGCCACGAUACAAAUCAGAUCUUACAAAAAUCUUACAGGAGUUAAGUACCAAAGAACAAGCGUACGUGUAUGCUCUCUCGUCUGCAGCACUCACGCAUCACGUAGCUAAAGCUUGUGUUUCAGGCGAUUUACCUUACUGUCCUUGUGGCUUAAAUUCACCAACUGCAUCUGCUGAUGCUUCCUAUAAGUGGAAAGGAUGUAGUGAUAAUGUAUUAUACGGGCAACGAGUAAGCCGUGAAUGGGCAGAUGCGUCAUGGCGUAAAAAAUGGCGUCCAGGUAGCAAUGCAACUACGCCAAAUAGGCGACGUAAUCGGGAGUUACUCGAUGAUUGGGCCUAUAUUAACACGGAUUUCUCGGAGCGCAAAUCGAUCACUGAUCUUCCACCACGUGCGCAAAUGAAUGAACAUAAUAAUGAAGUUGGUCGUCAGGUUACACAAGAAAGUUUGUAUCGUAAAUGCAAAUGUCACGGUGUAUCGAGCAGUUGUAAUGUGAGAACAUGUUGGAAUACUCUACCGGAUGUUCAUGAUAUAGCAUUAAAAUUACAAGAGCGUUAUACAGAAGCAUCACCAUUAUCAGAAUUGUUAACACAAUUUCGAUAUACUACUGAUAAGGCUAUACAUGAUGAAUUAUCACGACAACAUUUGGUUUAUCUUCGAGAUUCACCGGAUUAUUGUGUAGAAGAUAGUAAAACCGGUUCAUAUGGUACAAUGAUGAGAGAAUGCAAUUUAACUUCAUCAGAUUCAAACAGUUGCAAUAGUUUAUGUUGUGGACGUGGAUACUACACAAAACAAAUGCAUAUUGAAGAACAAUGCCAAUGCAAAUAUAUUCAUUGUUGUUAUGUAAAAUGUAAAACAUGCAAAUAUCUAGUUGAUAAGUACUAUUGUAAAUAA